AUGGUAAUGUCCAUUUAUUCGAUUUUACUUAUGGCCUUAUCCGCUGUGGUGGCGAUAGUGGCGGCAGCACUUACAAAGAAACUGUUUAGAAGACCACAAGAGCCAGUGAUAAAAUCAACAGAAACCAGCUCUCUUCCUGUCAAGCCCGCAGAAGGUUUGUUUAAUUACUUAUUAAAGGACACUGACGUGGUAAUUAACAGGAUAUGCACAACAGAGGACAUAGAAGUAUCAACAGGAGAAACACUGUACUAUUUAAUAGAAGGGGUGGUAGAGGUAAUAUAUGAUCGGGUGGUUAUAAUCAAGAAAACUGAGGACUUCUUUGUUUACUCCAUAAACUGGCUUCUUGGCGUAAGCUCAAAGCAACAUAUGACGUAUAAAAUACAGCGCAACAGUCAGUUAUACCAAAUCAACAAAAAUGAUGCAACUGUUCGGUAUUUAUUGCUAAACAGGUUUUUCAAGGGGACACUUUACAUCAUGGUAAAUUAUUUGGAGGAAGGGAUGCAAUUAGACAUAAAACAAAUAUCGGUCAGUGCAGGAGAGUCGCAUAAAGAGCUAGUACAAAAAAUAAAAGAAAAAAUAGAAUUGGUAAAGCCUGUGGAAAGAGCAGAGGAGAUAGUGAUUGAUGGAAGAUAUGAGAUGAGUCCAAACACUCUUUUGUAUAUAAUAGAGGGGAGUGGAGAGGUAGAGUAUACAAGAGACAGUAAAAAAUCUUUUCAAAAAGGCGAUAUAAUAGGGUGUUUAGAGCGGGUGUGCUCUUUAAAGAACAAUAGGGUUAUUGUGGCAAAGGAGAAAACAGUAGGAACGCUGAUUAAAUUAGAACCAAGUUUAGAGGCAAGCACAGAGUCACUUGAAGUAGUUUUGCAGGAUAUACUGAAUGGGCAAGCACCAGUAGAACAGCUAGAAAUGACAGAUGUAAUGGUGGACUGGCGAAUAAUACAGCCAGGAGGGAGGCUAUCAUCAGAAGAGCCAAGUAAAUCUAUCAAAGUAAUAACAAACGGAUACUUUUUGAAGAAUGGGGAUGUGAAGUACUUUGGAAUAUCCAGCAGGAACAUAUUAUUUGAAAAAGAAGUCCUUUUAGAACAGCCGUCUGCAUUUGAGCUAACAGCGACGCGUAUUUCUGAAGUAAUUGAAAUACCAAAGGAAUACAUCACAACAAUUGCGUCUAAUUUUCCUGCCCUCUCGAAUGGUCUUUAUAAAAGGAUACUAGAAAGAACAGGGAUUGAACAGGAGUUAGAGCAGCCAUCUAUAAUCACGUUCAUACCAAAUGACAAAAAAGAAACCCAGUUAGAGAUAUUUACACACUUUUUAUGCAAAGAGAUGGCAAAGAACGACUCUUGUUUUAUUCUAUCCUCUACCGAGAUAGAAAAUAAGCUGAAAUCUGUGCAGAAGACGAAAAGCGCAGUGCUAUCCCUUCUAAAUUACAUAAGCGAUUUACAGAGAGAAUACUCCUAUAUACUAAUCCCAAUUGUAGACCCAAACCGCACUAUAACAUGCACAGCACAGAGUCUGCCCCAGCCAACAAAGCCAGAAGAAAGCAGCGCAGACCGUGUGAACUCAGACCCGGCAGAAACCACAGAAGAUACUAAAAAAGACUCUAUGGGUGGCGCAGAAAGCAAAGAAAAAGAAAAGCCACUAUCCUCUGAAGAUAAUGAAGUUUUAGAUAAAUCAAAAGCUUCUGAGAUAGAAGAAGGGAGUGUAGAAAAAUCAGAAGAGAAGAAGGAAGCAGAUCUAGACCCAAUUUUACUCUCAGAAAUCAUGUUUUAUGUGAUAACAAAUGGAGACCGCAGGUCAAUGAAUAUAAAUAAGGAAGUCUUUUGCAAAAUAGAUACACUAAUACUGCACCGGGACAGUCGGAUGAAGGUAUAUGGAGGCAAUUACUAUGGACAGAGACACAAUGUAGAGUUUCCCAUUAUAGACAUUCCUCUUUCUAUUAUUAAAAGCAGAGAUUCCGUAAACUAUACAAAUAAGCACUGCAAACUAACUGGGCACAGCAACGACUGGAUUCCAUACUUUCCGUUGAACGAUAUGCAUCGGUUUAUUAGAACCCUCAAGGGAACAAAUGUUGGGCUAGUGCUUGGAGGUGGAGGUGCCCGGGGAAUAGCGCACAUAGGAAUCAUUGAAGCGCUUGAAGAAGCAAAUAUACCAAUAGAUGCAAUAGGGGGAACAUCAAUGGGAGCCUUUGUGGGGGCACUCUAUGCAGAGAGAACAAAUAACAAAGAAGUAUUUAUCCGAGCAAAAAGGCUUACUGGUCUGAUAGGAAGUGUUUGGAGAGUGAUUUUUGACAUGACAUACCCAAUAUGCGCAAUGUUCACUGGAAAGAGCUUUAACUGGGCGCUCCGGCUUAUUUUUAAAAAUCAGAGAAUCGAAGACUUAUGGCUUCCGUACUACUGCAUUACAACAGAUAUUUCCGGAUUUGAAGAAAAAAAACACACCGAUGGAAUUUUAUGGAGAUAUGUUAGAGCAAGUAUGAGUCUGUCAGGGUAUCUACCCCCACUAUGUGACAACGGAUCCUUUUUACUCGAUGGCGGGUAUAUGAAUAAUGUCCCAGCAGAUGCCAUGCGCUCAAUGGGAAUUAGAAAUAUCAUUGCAGUAGAUGUGGGGAGUGAAGUAGAAACAACUUUCGCUGAUUACGGAGACAGUAUUAAUGGAUUUUAUAUUCUGUUCCAAAAGAUAUUUAGUACAAAAAAGUUCUUGUCUCUAACUGAAAUACAGUAUCGACUGGCGUAUCUCACAAGCAUGCACAAAGAACGCUCAUUAAAGUCAGAUGUCUCAAUUAAGUACAUCAGACCAGACCUAGCAGGCUAUAAAACAAUGAAUUUCAGACAGUUUGAUGAAAUAGUUGCACAUGGAUAUCAAUACGGCAAAAAGGUAAUCGCAGAGUGGAAGAAUACAGGAGAGUACUCCGAGCUAACCACACUAACCAGAGCACCCAGCAGAAAGUAGUUAUAACCUGAAAUGUGCCAAUUGAUACAGUUUCUGAUUCUAAUAGACAUAAUUUUCUGUUUCUACCCUAGAGCAUACUCAAACCUAGAAAAGGCCAUUUCUAACUCACAAUGUGCUCUGGCAUAGAAAACAGAAAAUUUAAAAUACCCA